AUGACCAUGUUCACGAUUAUCCUCCUUGCUGGUCAAGACGUUUUGCUAUUCCCCAUCGCUGCCUUCCCUCGCUUCAUAAGCCUCCCAGCGAUCGUCCUCAGACGCCGUUUCCUACCAAUACAGGACAAACCGGUGAAGAGAUGGCCACAUGACAUCAAUCGACUGUCAUCGCAGAAGCCUCCGGGUCAAGAAAGAUCCCUGGCAAUCAUGCUGCAAAGCGACAAUAUUGCUGAGCGACUCGCAAGUCACCUUCAUUACGAUGACCUGGUGAACUUGUCGUUCACCUCGAAAUUGAUGCGUACCGGUGUAUUUUAUCCAUCUAUGGACCCCACCUCUCGCCACGACCGGAUAGAGUCGCUAUGCAUAGCAUCGUGUCUCAGAGGGAAAAAGAGCGAAUGUUGGUCAUGCGAACGUGUGAUCUGCGACGCCUGCAAAGCCCCAAAACAGCGAAUUCGAUCUUCCCGCAUAAAAGAUCACUUCGCGCAUUGCUACGCUGUCUGCACAAUGUGCUACCUCAUCUCCGCACCCGGUGGUGCAGCACCAUUCAAUGCGAAAUGGAACAUGCAAGAUCUCGAGAUGCAGCAUGUUAAUUGCUGUACUUUCCGCGAGCCGCAAUGGGAAGAUGGUGGAGAAGAGGGACGAGUUCUAUCUCAGCAGAACAUUGCCAAGGAAUGUUGA